UUGCACCUUCACGUUCGGUGACUUACCGCAAGAGUUUAAUCAGACAGACUGACGACAUUGCGCAGGAGUCGAUCCGCGCAGUCGAAUGCCUGUCACUCGCGCAUUCGCGCCCAUUAGUGUCUAUAAUAAUAAUAAAAAAAUUGUGUUAUGAAAAACAUUACUACUGGAUAAACCGGAUCUAUUGAAAAGUACUGGUAGCGGUCUUGUUAAGACAAUGAGAGUGAUUAAUUACAAAGGCUAUGCGGAUAAUUGAAAGUCUGUAACAGUCUAAUAGAUCUGACGUUACACUUGGCGCUCUAUUAUACAUAUUAUACGUUGCAAUGAUACCAGAAUGGCGACGCAGAAUAUCAAAACUGUUCCUAAUUCCCCAGCGGUAUGUCCUCGGCAUUAUGGGACUGCUGGCUGUCUGCAACGCGUAUACCAUGAGGGUGUGCCUCAACCUGGCUGUUACCCAGAUGGUGAACAAUACCAGGAGUGAAUCGGCGAAGUAUGAUCCCGAUGCAUGUCCGGACGAAAGUGAAAUCCUUGUCAAUGGCACCGUUGCUCUCAAACCUCACGCAAUCUUUGAAUGGUCGGAAUCAACGCAAGGUCUCAUUUUGAGUGGCUUUUACUAUGGAUACGCUAUUACUCACGUCCCAGGAGGGUACUUGGCUGAAAAGUAUGGUGGCAAAUGGACAUUAGGAAUCGGCCUUCUUAGUACUGCCGUCUUUACUUUAUUGACGCCUAUAGUUGUAAAGGCUGGGGGAGCGACAUGGCUGUUUAUACUUCGUAUCUUACAAGGGAUGGGUGAGGGCCCUACAAUGCCAGCUUUGAUGAUAGUACUUGCUCGGUGGGUCCCACCACAUGAAAGAUCACGGCAAGGCGCAGUCGUGUUUGGUGGUGCUCAAAUUGGAAACAUUUUUGGUUCUUUCAUGUCCGGUUUCCUUAUGGCUGGAGGUGGUGACUGGGCAAACGUCUUCUACUUCUUUGGUUGCUUUGGAAUCUUGUGGUUUAUAUUCUGGAGCAUAUUUUGCUACAGUACACCGAAUACUCACCCGUUCAUAUCAGACGAGGAACUGAAAUAUCUGAAUGAGACAGUCACGAGUGCUGACACUAUGAGUGUCCGGGAUCCUGUACCUUGGAGAGCCAUUGUGAGGUCUGUUCCAGUUUGGGCUCUUUUAUUUGCUGCUGUUGGUCACGAUUGGGGUUACUACACGAUGGUCACAGACUUGCCCAAAUACAUGACAGAUGUGCUGAAAUUCAACAUUGCCACUACGGGGACUUUGACUGCUAUCCCCUACCUCGCUAUGUGGAUUAGUGCUUUCUUCUUCGGCUGGAUCUGUGACAUUUGCGUUAAGCGUAAAUGGCACUCUAUCAAAACUGGAAGAAUUAUUCAUACAACUAUAGCUGCAACAGGACCGGCCAUUUGUAUUAUAUUGGCCUCAUAUGCGGGCUGCGAUCGUUUUGCAGCUGUCGCCUACUUUAUCGCAUCUAUGGCCUUAAUGGGAGGAUUUUAUAGUGGCAUGAAGGUUAAUGCAUUAGAUUUGGCACCUAACUACGCUGGUUCUUUGACUGCGAUGAUCAACGGAACGUCUACCAUAUCGGGAAUAAUCACUCCUUAUCUAAUUGGGUUGUUGACACCUGAUUCGACUCUAGUACAAUGGCGGGUGGCGUUCUGGGUAUGUUUUGCCGUGCUCGUUGGUACCAACGUGAUUUAUUGCAUCUGGGCUGAUGGAAAGCAGCAAUGGUGGGACGACGUCAGACAAUAUGGCUACCCGGCUGAAUGGAAGCAUGGUCCUCUGAAAAUGGCCGACUCAGACACAGAGAAAAAUAAAAAGAAAGAAGCAGAAGGCACCGCACUUUAGCCCUAUCGCAAAAAUAUACAAUAGUUGCCAGUUAAAAGCUCUUUACGCACUGUAUCCGAUCCCAAUCCGAUACGACAAUUCUCGAACCGAUGCGUUCUUGGAUUCGGAUUGGAGUGUGUAAAGAGCCUAAUACGGGUGUAUCAUGACCUAUUUUUUCGACGUGCAACAGUUUGAAUUCGAAAACAAAAAAUCGGUGUACAUACAUUAAAAAGAACGGGCCGAGUUGAGAACCAUCUCCUUUUUGGAAGUCUGUAGAAAUAGGUAUCUACUGUUAUUCAAACAGUUGCACUUUGUUUUAAAAUAUUUUUUUGUAAGCUUUCUUUCGGUGCCAUUUUGUGAUAAUAUAGGUAAUUAAUGGUGCAUUAAAAAAACAAAAAUAUUGUAAUAGA